CAAGCGCAGCAUGCUCUCGCUGCUGGUGGCGGCGCAGGUCCGCGACCUUAUCACACAGCUGCGGACCACAAACUACAACAGAAGCAAAGCACACAUCAAGCACCUCAUCCAACUGUAUGGCGUCGAGGUCCAUGUGUUUGUCAUCCAGACGGUGCUCCAGAAGCUCGACCUGACGCAGGUCGCUGCCCACGAACAGAUUGUCAAGUUCCUUCUCCUCGCCGACGAGCUGGAGGCGCUUCCGGCCGAGUGGGCGUCGUCGAUCAUCUGCUUGGCGUACGCCAACGCUGUGGGGUGCGGCAUGGCUAUUGCCGACCUCUCGCAGCUCUCGAUUGUGCUCAAGGCCAAGCUCAAGCUCCGCGUGCGGCUCGGGGUGGCGCUCGCGCAGUCGCCGGUUCCCCAGCUCAAGGCCGAGGGCAUUCAGUUUGUGCGCGACACGGUGAGCGAAGUCAUCCAGGCGCACUCGAACAAGGCUGGCUCAGAGCUGGCCGGCCCGCUGGGCGCGGACGAGGACCUGUGUGCCGCGCUCGCCGAGCUGCCUUCCCCCGAGCUUGGCGACCUGGUCGCUGUCCUCACUUCGGACCCAGUGCUGGAGGACUUGGUCCCGCGGCUGCGCAAGCUCAAAUCGCCGGCGCUUGAGGCGCUGGCGUCGGGCCCGCCGCCGGCGCUCACUCCGCCGGCGCCGCCUGUUCUCCACAACGCCCUCAUUCUCCGCUCGUCGCUGCCGGACCACUACACGCUCGGCGGCUCGCUCGCUGCCAACGGCGCAGGCCUCGCUGCCGAUGAGGCCUCCAAGCUUGGCGAGUUUAUGGUCGAGCUUGGCUACGGGUGCGCCGACUCGCGCAAGGCGCUGCAGCGAGUCCUCGCCCAGGCCGCGCCUGGCGGCCUUGAUGAGGCCAUGGUCGGCGGCGCUCUGGCUGCCAUGGCCGCCACCCUCACCACCCUCUCGCCGCCGACCUCGCUCGCGGCCAUCAUUCCCACCCUCCGCUCUUCGCCGUCGUCGCCGUCGUCGUCCUGGAACCUCGAUGUGUUUAUGGACGUGGUCAAGGCCGCCGCGCCGCACCUGGUUUGGGACAACGUUCUGCGGUCGGUCGACACGCCCAAGUUUCUGAUCCACGACCAGGACGGCCUCGAGUUUCUGGUCCGCGCCUACCGGCUCGGCACCGGCUCGGCCCAAGCCUCGCUCCCGCUCUCUGUCCUCUUUGCGCACUGGACGCACACCGAGGCGCAGCUGGCCCUGCUGGCGCAGGCCGUUCUCGCGCCGCCGGACCUUGUCGACUUUGCGCGCUCCCAGCGGCUGGUCCCCAUACUCGCCGACAACUUUCGGGUGAUGCCCGUCGACGCCACCGACUCGACGGUGCCGAGCGGCGGCGAUGACGACCCCGGCCUGCAUGGGGGUGCCAACUCGGCGUGGCGGUCGCACGACCUGGUAGAAACGCUCUGCCGGCUCGGCGAGUCGCAGCACGGGGCCGAAGUCCUUGUGCUGUUUGGCCUCGGCAUCGCUGAUGCGCCCGAGGCGCUCCUCCUCACCCUCUGCGCCAUCCACAAUUCGCGGCUGGCCUCGCUCUCGGACCUGAUUUCGGACGCAAGUGCGUCGAGUGUCUCUUCGCCUACGUCUGUGACCGAGGUCUCGAUCAACUCGCCGUCGCUCGCCGUGUCACUCACUUUCAACUCGGCGCUGCUUGACGUGACCGCAGCGCUGCUGCCGCGGUUCCUGGCAGCGUUUCCGGCGUCGGCGCUGCUCCUCCGCGCCCUUUGGGCAGCCGCGCCGCAGGUCAUGGUCCACGGCAUGGCCGCCAUGUACGCGCGCUCGCCGGGCUCGCUCACCGUCAUCCUCGACAUUGUGCAGGACAACAAGGGCAUUGCCGUUCUCCUCGAUCAGGCCGAGCCUGACUUUGCCUUUGCCCUCGACAUUGCCGCCCUCGCCGCCCGGCGCGACUACCUCAACCUCGACAAGUGGCUGCUGGACUCGAUCUCGCGGCACGGGCCGGCCUUUAUGGCGGCCUGCAUCGCCUUUCUCCGCUCGCGCGCCUUUGGCGAGACGCCCGGCACCGAGCCCGGGCCCGACGGCGCGCCGCCGGCGCCUGCGCUUGUGGCCCACACCCUUGGCGACACGAGCGCGCCGGAAAAGUCGGCGCGAGCCUCGCCCGAUGCCCCGCUCCCGCUUGUUCUUGCCACCGUCUCGUCGCUGUUCAAGACGCUCCAGGCCUCAGCCGCGCUCCUCCCGCCGGUCCUUGUCUCGGAGCUGCGUGUCCUCUACACGGCGUGCGUGCAGGCGAACCCGGCGCUGCUGCAAAUGACGCCCGACCCGGUCGAGUCGUUUUCGCGUGAGAUUGAGGCCGAGGUCAACGCCACCUUUCAGCGCAUCUACAAGGGCCAACUCUCGAUCGACGCCGUCGUUGCCAUGCUGCAAAACUACAAGACGUCGGGCGUGACGCGCGAGCACGAGAUCUUUGCCUGCAUGAUCCACUCGCUCUUUGACGAGUAUCGCUUCUUCCCGCGCUACCCGGACAAGGAGCUGCAGACUACAGGCAUUCUCUUUGGCGCCCUCAUCCAGAACAAGCUGGUCUCAAACAUCCCGCUCGGCUACGCGCUCCGGUACGUUCUCGAAGCGCUGCGCAAGCCCGACGGGUCCAAGAUGUUCUCGUUUGGCUACUGUGCCCUCACUCAGUUUACCGCCCGCCUCCACGAGUGGCCGCAGUACUGCUCGCGCAUUCUCCAGAUUGCUGACAUUCAGGCCAACCACCCGCAGAUUGUCAACUUUAUCUCGGAGAUCCUUGCCAACUCGACACUGCCGGGCGCAGGAUCGGACCUCGCGUCGGCAACGACCGACGCCUCGUUCUCGCUCCCGCCGGGCAUGCCGCACCUCGGCGACUCGGGCGCCUCGCCCGACGACAUCGAGUCGCUAGCGUCGGGCCUCGGCCCCGCGCCUGGGCCUGAUGCGCUCGCCGGAGCUGGGUCCGGCGGCGCAGAGCCGCCAGCCACCCCCUCGUUGCCCAAAAUGACCAACAUUGACACCCUGCUCGCUGGCCAGGCCAAGGCCGCCGCCGAGGGCGCCGAGCUUGACCAAGAGUCCAAGGACAAGAUCCGGUUCAUUUUCAACAACCUCUCGCGGUCGAUGCUCCGCGGCAAGGCGCGCGAGCUCGAGGCCUUUCUCGAGGCCAAGCACUACACGUACCUCUGCCAGUACCUGGUGGUCAAGCGGGCUUCGAUCGAGCCCAACUUUCACGACCUCUACCUCUCGCUUCUCGACUUUCUGGACCUCCCGCAGCUGACAGCUGCCAUUCUGCAGUGCACCUUUGACAACAUUGCCAUUCUCCUCCAGUCGGAGCUUAUCAAGACCUCGAGCUCAGAGCGGAGCCUGCUGAAGAACCUCGGCUCGUGGCUCGGCCAGCUGACGCUCGCCCGUAACCGCCCGAUCCUGCACAGGAACCUUGCGCUCAAGGCUCUUGUCCUCGACGCGUACUCGUCGGGCCGCCUCAUUGCUGUUGUUCCGUUUGUGGCCAAGAUCCUCAACGCCUCGGUCGACUCCAAGGUCUUCCGCCCGCCCAACCCGUGGCUCAUGGGCAUCAUCCGCCUCCUGGUCGAGCUCUACCACGUCGAGGGCCUCAAGCUCAACCUCAAGUUCCAGGUCGAGGUCCUGUGCAAGAACCUCGGCCUGGACCUGGGCUCAAUCCAGCCGGCGACGCUGCUGCGGCGGCAUGUGCUCGAGCUGCAGGCGGCGGCGGCCGAGUCGGGCCGCGCCGUCGCACCGCCGCCGGUGGUCCAGCCUGCCGGCGGUGCGACCAGCCCCGAGGGCGGCGCGGCCGCUGACGACAGCGCCACCUACGAGGCGCUUGGCCCGGUGGCGCUGGCGGCGGCACAGGCCGCGUCGGGCACCGACGGUGCCGAGGCCAUCAUCCCCAACCUUGCGCAGUACGUCAAGGUCAACCGCGGCAUCUUCCUCUUCCAGCAGCAGCCGCAGCUCAAGGGCUGCGUCCUCCUCGCCAUCAACCGCGGCAUCAAGGAGAUGCUCGGUCCGGUAGUCAAGCGCUCGGUGACCAUUGCGUGCAUCUCGGCCCGCGAGAUCCUGCUCAAGGACUUUGCCAUGGAGCCCGAGGAGAGCAAGAUGGUGACCGCGGCCCACAACAUGGUGCGGUACCUCUCGGGCUCGCUGGCGCUGGUGACGUGCAAGGAGCCGCUGCGGGUCUCGAUCUCCAACCACCUGCGGUCGCUGCUGCAGGCAAACUUGCCCGAGGCACAGCACUCGAACCUUGACACGCUGGUGGCCCUGGUGGCGCAAGACAACCUCGACCUGGCGUGUCACGUGGUGGAGCAGGCUGCGACCGAAAAGUCGAUUGCCGAGAUCGACGUCUCGCUCGUGCCGGCCAUUUCCGUCCGGCGCAAGCACCGCGAACGGACGGGUCAGCCAUACUACGACACGUCGAUCUUCAACGCGGGGCGGUACCCUAGCGCGCUGCCGGACCCGCUCCGGCCGCGGCCGGGCGGGCUGGCCGGCGACGCCUCGCGGGUGUACGCCGACUUUUCCAAGGCGCCGGCCGGCUCGUUUGCCGACUCGAUCAUGGCUAUGGCGUUGCCGGGCGAUGCGAGCGGGAGCGAGCGCGGGACGCUCGGCGUCGGCGCCGACGACGGCGGGCUCGAGGCCGCCGACGACGAGUACGCUGCCGAGCGCGAGCGGCUAGACUCGGCCGCGUGGGUGCCGUCGCCGCUGGACUCGCCGCGGGCGCUGAUGGACAAGUUUGUGCAGUACGUGGAGGAAGUGGAGCGGCUGGUCAACGCGUGCGUGGCAGCGGAGAUCACGAGCGCGGCGGCGGUGCCUGCCGAGCAUCCUCUGAGUCACAUCAUGUCUCGGCUCCUGCUGUUCUUCCACUCGACCGAGGAGCUGGCGGUGCGGACUGAGCUGCUGUUUGGCGCGGCGCGGCGGCUGUACAACAAGCUGUGGGAGCCGUCAUCGGCUGAGGCCGCCUCGCUGCACCUGGACAUUUUCGUGGCGCAGCUCCAGUCGCUGGUCAUGUCGUCAGGCGUCAAGUCGUCGAACGCGCUGGCGACGGAAAUCACGCGACUGCUGCUCUCGAUGGAGGUCCGGCAACCGUUGUACGAUACUGAGCUCGAUGCGCACCUCGCGCAGCAGCUGCACAAGGCGGCGAACCCGCCGCCGGGAACGUCGAUUCCGCUGGCGAACGUGCUCGAGUCUGUGGUCCGGCUUCUCCACCGCUUUGCGCUCGACGAGCCGGUCAUGUUCCGGGCCGACUUUCCGACGACCAUCAAGGCGCUGGUGUACAUCACGAGCCUUGCGCCGGGCCAGUUUGGCAACAUUGAGGGCGCCUUUGCGCUCUUUGACGUGGCCAACGGUGGAACGGGAGGAGCGCCAGGCCUGGCGGCGUCGACGCGGCUGCCGGCGCAUCUCUCGUCGAUGUCGGGCGUGCUUGUGGUCAACUCGUUUGCGUCGAGCUCUGCCGACCACAACGAUCCGCCUGACGCGCGCGAGCGUGUGGCGUACGUGCUCGAGGAGUGGGCACGGCUCUCGUCGGACGCUGGUCUUGUGGGGACGGGCGCCGAGGUGGCGUGCAUCAUUGCCGGCCCGCUGGGGGUGGGCGAGACGCUGCACUCGCCAGACGGCGGCGAGACGCCUGCGCAGAACGCGCUGGACACCAUCUUUGCGCGAUACGUCCACUACCUGCAGGUGCAGAAGCUGAUGGACGACGACGGCGUGGCGCCGCUCUUCUUCCGAAUCGCCACCGAGAUGGCGGUGGAGGCGUGGCUGGUCAAGGAGGCCGAAGGCGAGGUGGCGUGCGAUGGCGUGGACGCGCUCUCGAACCUCAUUCUCGGCCUCGUCAAGUGGUUCAACCGGGUGGACGGUCCGCCGCCGGCCAACUCGCCGUCCAAGGUUAAUUUGCUCCGGCAAGUCCUCGCUAUGGUGGUCAAGGUCCUUCUCUACGACUACGAGCGGCAGCCGAUGGCGUUUAACCAAAAGCCGUACUUCCGGCUCCUCACGAACCUGCUCAACGACCUGACGACCAAAUCACCGCUGCUGGACAUGCUCUCGUUCCCGAUUCUGUCGACCUUUUCGUCGGCGUUCCUCCAGCUGCGGCCGGAGCGAGUUCCGGGCUUUGCCUUUGCGUGGCUCGGCCUCAUUUCGCACCGGUGCUUCAUGCCCAAGCUCCUGUUGGCCAAGAAGGGGCUCCAGCUCCAGGGCUGGCAUGUGUACCAGCACCUUGUGGUUGCCCUCCUCCGGUUCCUCAACCCGCUGCUCCGCGUAGAGGCGGGCAGCGGCGACGAGGCCGGCGACGACGGAGACGGCGGCGACAACGACGACCCGAGUGCCAGCUUUGCGCCGGCGGUCCAGCUGCUGUACCGUGGGACGCUGCGGCUGCUGCUGGUCCUCCUGCACGACUUUCCCGAGUUCCUCUGCCAGUACCACUUUUCGUUCUGCGACGGCAUUCCGCCGUCGUGCGUGCAGAUGCGCAACCUGCUGCUCUCGGCCUACCCGCGCAGCGUGCGGUUGCCGGAUCCGUUUGCGCCGAACCUCAAGGUGGAGCACCUGCCUGCGCCGCGGGUCCUCUCGCAGUUCCGGGUCAUUCUCACGUCGGGCGGGCUCGGCGUCGAGCUCGACAACUACCUCCACGAGCGGUCGCCGGCGUCGUUCCUCGGCUCACUCCCGUCCAAGCUCCUGCUGCCGACCAACGACAUCGACGACACGCCGUACGACGUGCGGCUGCUCAACGCGCUCGUCCUCCAUCUGGGCAUCUUUGCCACGUCGGCGCUGCCUGCUGGGGCGGCGAUGACGACCAACAUCAUUGCGCGGUCGCCGUCGAUGGACGUCUUUGCCUCGCUCGCGGCAAACCUCGAUCCCGAGGGCCGGUACCAUCUGUUCAACGCCAUUGCCAACCAGCUGCGGUACCCCAACUCGCACACGCACUACUUUUCGUGCGUCCUUCUCCACCUCUUUGCCGAGGCGAGCUCGGACCAGAUCCGCGAGCAAAUCACUCGGGUCCUCCUCGAGCGGCUCAUUGUCUCGCGUCCGCACCCGUGGGGCCUCCUGGUCACCUUUAAGAAGCUGGUCAAGAACGCGAGCUACGACUUUUGGUCGUUUGGCUUUACCUCGUGCGACGCCAAGGUCGAGCAGCUGCUCGAGUCAGUCGCGCGCUCGUGCCGGGCAUCAGCGCCCGGUGCCGAGAUGGCGGGCGCCGACGGCGCGCCUGCUCAGUAG